AUGAGCUUUGACACUGCCCUCACCCGACUAUUGGGUAUCAAGAUUCCCGUUGUUCAAGGAGGUCUGCAAUGGGUGGCUUAUGCAGAACUUGCAGCCGCUGUGAGCAAUGCGGGAGGCUUGGGGAUAAUAAAUGCUCUGACGCAGCCAGACCCUGAAAGUUUGCGACAAGAAAUUCGGAAAACAAGGUCACUGACGAAAUUCCCAUUUGGUGUCAAUCUGACGUUACUCCCGGCAUUGAACCCACCAGACUAUCCCGGAUUCAUCAAAGUCAUUAUUGAAGAAAACAUUCGAAUCGUGGAAACAGCUGGUAACAGUCCUGGACCUGUCAUCAAGCGACUCAAGGAAGCUGGGAUCAUCGUCAUUCACAAGGCAACAACCAUUCGACACGCCAAAGCAGCAAUCCGGUUGGGAGUCGAUGUUCUCUCCAUUGAUGGCUUCGAAUGCGCAGGUCAUGUUGGAGAAUCUGAUAUUGCAUCGUUGAUCUUGAAUAGCCGAGCACGUCAAGAACUUGGCAAUGUUCCCUUCAUUGCUUCGGGCGGCUUUGCUGACGGCUACGGCCUUGUUUCGGCCCUAAGCCUGGGCGCAGCUGGCAUUAAUAUGGGUACGAGAUUCAUGUGCACUGUUGAGGCACCCAUACAUCCCAAUGUAAAACAAGCGAUUGUCGAUGCAGACGAGCACCAAACAACUCUUAUUCUACGCCGCUGGAAGAACACCAGCAGGAUGUAUUCGAAUUCACAGACCAAAAAGGCAAUCGAGAUUGAAACUCAGAGCGUGAGUGACGAUUUUGCGCAAGUUGCUCCCGUGGUGAGUGGUGCGAAAGGUCGAGAAGUGCUUCUAAAAGGAGAUAUCGAACAUGGGGUAUGGUACGCAGGUCAAGUCAUGGGUCUUAUUCAUGAUGUACCGACCGUCGCAGAUUUACUCCAGAGGAUCGAGAAGGAGGCGCUGGGCACGAUUCAAAAGCUCUCGAAGGUUGCUGCCCAUAUAACACCUCAAUCUAAACUAUGA